UUGUGACUCUAAUGGUGGAUGAAAUCCACAUUCAGCCAUACUUUGAAUACAAAGGUGGCUGCGUGACGGGGGCGGCUUCUAAUUCGGAAGAAGCAGCCAAAACUGCUCAUGUUUUUAUGAUACAGUCCUUGCUAUCAGCGCACAAGGAUGUCGCUCACAUUCUGCCAGUGGCUAACAUCGAAGCAGUUGAACUGCAUGAGGCUCUGAGAAAGACAAUUCUAGAGCUGGAGAAAGCAGGGCUUACUGUCAUCGCAGUAAUCACAGACAACAAUUCAAUAAACAGAAAGGUGAUGUCCUUUUUUUCUAAGACGCGAACAGUUGAAAUUGUAUACCCCCACCCAGCAGACAAUUCAAGACCCCUUUUUUAUGUGGUAGAUCCUGUACACCUUCUAAAAUGUGUAAGGAACAACUGGUUGAACCAAAAAAAUCCUGGUACGUGCAUCUUUUUCCCUGAACUUCCCAGCACUUCCUCGUUAGUUCAGGUAAACGGAGCUUCUUUUAAAGCUCUUCGGGACCUUUAUGCUUCUGAGCAACACAGUGUCUCAAAGUUUGGCUAUGGAUUGAGCUAUAAAUCACUGCAUCCAUCCAACAUUGAGCGCCAGAACGUGAAGCUUGCUUUGAAAGUUUUCAGUUCAUUUGUGGUGGAGGCGCUAAAAAGUCGCGGAAACGAACUCAGUUUGAACUACACCGCGGGGACAGCGCAAUUCAUUGACCUAAUUUUGAAGUGGUGGCAUAUUGUCAAUGUAAAAAGUUCCUCAAAGGGCCGGCGCCUCAGAGAUCCGCUUCAGGAUCCAGUAAGGAGUUUGAGUGACAAGCAGAUCGAAUUUCUUAACAAUUUCGUAGACUGGUUGGACACGUGGCGAGACAUCAGGAUGGAUACCGGGGCAUUAACCACAGAAACCCAUGCAGCACUGCGGCUUACUUGUUACUCGCUUGUCGAACUGUGCCGGUACUGUCUUGAAGAACUGAAUUUCAACUAUGUCUUGCUGGGUAAAUUUCAGACCGACAGUUUGGAGGAAAGGUUCGGACAGUACCGUCGGCUCUCUGGAACAAAUUACCACAUAUCAAUACAGCAAGACUUCGAGUCAGAAAAGAAGCUGAAGCUACAAGACAGUUUGGUUUUGCCCGAUAUGCAGGAAAUACAGAAGCCAUGUGCUAUAACAAUUGACGGAGCUCAACUGGCACAGGAGCACGGUGUUAAGAUAUCAGACUGUGGUAUAAAAAAUAAGGAGUCCCAUUUGGCAGUAAUUACGUACAUUGCAGGAUUUUGUGCACACGCCGCGUUAAAGAAGCUGCCUUGUGAGUAUUGUGCCAUGAAUAUUAGAUCUCAGGACCGGGAAAUUCAGCUUGACAGAAAUGUCCUGAUUGAAAACCUCUCGGGAGGCGCUCUGAAGUUUCCCCAGCCGACUGUCAAUAAUGCAGUUCUACACGCCCACAUUGUCUUGGAACAGCUUACCAGCAAAGAGAAUGCCUCACGUUUUCAUGCAACUCCUAAACAGAGGGAGGUCCUUGUGUCUAUCACAAGGCACCUUUGCGAAUGUGAGGAUUUUGAUGUCUGUACCAAUGGUCAUCACCCUGACACUGUGCUGACUAAUAUACUUGUGGCAGCAGCAAACACCCUUCUGAAAAACUACGUUCAGAUGAAGACAGAUAUUUUGAACACUAAAAAAAAACGCAGUCACAGCAAAGGAAGCUGCAGAAGUUUUCAAAAUGAACAGGAAGUUUUUGUGCGUUCUAUGUACAUUGCAAAUGUGAAGAACACAGCUUUUUUUCUUCAAAAACUCUUAUUUAUUCUUUUCUCAUACAGUUAAGUUAUGUUACUGUAGUGUUCAUAGUCUCUGCACAACAGGGUAUUUUACCGUACGCGCCAAUGAAAGCCCUCGCCAUUCAUAUUGCUUACUAUGGCGGUUACUGAGAAGCAUGUAUCACCUGCAUUCUGCCUGCACGGUUGCUCGAGGCUUUAUUAUCAUCUUCGCCAUUUUAUUGUUCUCGAGUGGUCUGCAACAUAUUGCUUAGUAAAUCAAUGAUUUGUUUCUGUACUUACUGUAUGCCACCUGGUUGCCUCAUUUCAGUGUUUUGUAUAUUGUGCUGGAGUGUUCUGCAUUGCAAUGCUUAGUAUACUAGCGAUUGAUAAAAUUAGUUGCGUGUGUAGCAAGUGCGUGUUUUCUUUGUCCCCGUAAGCGUUUUCGUUCAGAGGGCUCUGCUUCACCUAUAUGGCAUGAUGAUCAACAAUGAACUCGACCAGCUUUGAACCUGAUUGUUUUUUUGUCACGCGCCAUCUAUCUGUAUCAUUGCGAGCAAAGCUUGUGUCUGUAAUGACCAAUUACAUAUAACUUGCCGUAUGAUCAACCUCGCCGGCGUUAUCGCUAUUUCAAAUUUUCAUGCUCUUUGUGAUUAUUGUGCGCAACACUAUUAUUUAUAGUCUGUACAUAAGGAAACCGAAAAGCAUGUACUUCUUUGAUAAAGGCUGGGCCAACAGAUGAAAUGUUAGUAAAAUGA